AUGACAUCAAGAAUAUAUUAUACUUUGGCUAUAUUUGUUUUGUUGGCCACUAUAACCUGGUAUCCAGUGUUGUCUUUAGAGCCAUCAUAUGCAUAUACCUUCACCAACAAGUACAAUGUUGAGAAUUCAACUAUUUACUCUCUAUUCCAAACAGUACAAUUGUCCAAUGGUACAGUAGGAAAUCAAACCCUCCUCCAUCCUUUGGAGAAAACAUUGGCUGCUUUUGUAGACCAAACAAACACUGAUUAUUUGGUCUACUUUGGAUACACUGGUGAGGAGUUUGUUCUCCAACAACUUGAUACUCAAAGUGGAGAAACAAAUCAACUUGGAACUAUUCUUCCUGGUAAUCAUCCAAAUGAAUUCUAUCUCUUUGGAUACGAUCCAAAGGCACAAAUCAUUACCAAUCUCUACCUUGAUAUUAACUAUGAGCUCUACCUCAUCCAAUGGGACUUUGCCAACAACAUCUGUACCAAUACUUCACUUAAUAUCACCAACCCAAAUGCUUUGAGUGGAGCUUAUGAUCCAGCUUCGGGAGAGUAUUAUGUAUCCUAUUACUUGAAGAAUGAUGUACAAAAGUUGAUGUCAUACAAUAUCUUUACAAAGACAUUGUCGUCACCAAUGAACACUGCUUUGGAAAUGUUUGAGAUGUUCAUGGUCAAUGGUAAUCUCUAUGGCACACAAGUGAUUCAACAACCCAACACAUUUGAGCUUAGUCUCAUUCUCCAGAGCCUACUUCCAACACCUACGAUCGUUGCCACCUUCAACUCUUAUGUUGUGAUGCCAACUACAUUCAUGGCAGACUCAUCAAACGUCUUGUUCUUGACCACUGACUCCCUCUCGGCCACCAACAUGACAUUGAUCAUCUUGGAUGUGGCCACUCAAGAGACUACCAACUACACUACUCCCUUCUUCAUGGACAGUGUUUCGUUUGCAGUGUUGCAAUAG